GAAACGGUGCGGCGUGGUCUAGUCAAACGGGUGGAGCAGUACCGACGAGGAAUUGGGCAGGUCCUUGGCCCAUUUGGCCCGCUUCCCUCAACAAAGGCAAAGGCAAAGGAGGCCCUAAUCCGGAGAGUUUUCAUAAAGGCGAUCAGUCGGUUGUGGAUCUGGCAAAAGAUGUUAGGAUUCAGAGCGGUAGGACUUGGGCUUGCUUCGCCACAGGGCCUUGUCACGCUUGUCCUAGAGACGAGGUGAGUGUCGUGCUAGUCAAGGCUGCAGUGUGGGCUUGACAAGUCGAAGGCAAGCAUGUCCUAUAUGCGUGAUGCUGCUCUACAGCUCGCCGGUCUACAUUUGCUGCGCUUGGCCCAAUUUUUCCACCAUCAAUCUAACCUUUCACCCUACAUCCCAUAUCAGAUUCAUCAGCCUUGGUGCGAGCCGUACGGCGCUCGCAGGCCGAUCGAGUGCGCACUAGUUACCUCGACAACAUCCACUCGGCCUUCCCUCAAUUCUACCGGCUCAUCUUCUUCAUCUGGUACAAUCAAGGAUCCCUUACCGCUAGACACGCGCGAUUGGAACAUUCCGCAGCUGGAUCCCUCCGCAUUCAGACGGGCAGAUGAGAAAGGAGGGGUCAGUCAUGCACCCCUUGUGAGGAUGGGAUACGAGACUUGCGGCAGGGAUGUGGAUGCUACGAGAAACGGCUGGGUCAGCUUUCUGCUGCUCGACCUGUUCUUAGCACUCGGAGCACUCUUUCUCCUUGUGCAGCGGCAAAGGCUGCUAGCUUCGAAGCACCGCAAUGUCCUUGCCAGCCGGGUAGGCAGAGGCUCAUCGCGAGCAUGACGCACUACUGUUCAUUCCUGUGCACGAUGCAUUCCGGAAAUUUCUUCGCUGCAACCCUGGCCGCAAUUUUUGCACCGCUUUCGGAAUACUGAUCGGACACGAUGAGUGCACAAUUC